AUCACGUCGUACAGCCAGUGUUUAUUUACGUUUCUCUGCGUUUCAUGCGAUACUUUUUACUUUGUACCGACAAAAUUCAAUAAAAUACGUAAGAAUUUGCUAAUUUGCUUGGUUUUUUGAUCAUGGAGUCGGUGGGGAAACUAGAAGAAGAGGCCCUGAAAAGGAAGGAGCGGUUGAAAAACCUCAAACGAAAACAGGAAGCUGCCAAUGAUGGAGCGGACCAGAAAGCUGAAGUGAUCCCAAAACCGGUGUUCCGGAACUACCGGCCCGAGAGUGAGGAAAUCCAAGAAAGCGCCCUGGAGGAAGUCAAACCGGCCGAUGUCGAAGCGGAGGUGAGCUCCCAGCUGGAGAUGAUGAAGGCACCGAUUGUCAUCGAGGAAAUCGACAUAGCCAAUUUGGCCCCGCGGAAGCCGGAUUGGGAUCUGAAACGGGACGUAUCGAAGAAGCUGGAAAAACUCGAACGGCGGACGCAGAAAGCCAUUGCCGAGCUGAUACGGGAUCGUCUGAAGGCGGGACAGGAUGACAUCCUGCAGGCGGUGAACGUGGCGUCGGCGGCGAUUGCUGCCGGAAGUAAGGACGAUGAAGAGUAAGGUUGAAUUUCUCGUAUUUUAUAUGUUUAAUUAUUAAUCUAAGUGGACUGUACAAUAUUGAUAA